AUGCAGCGCUUGUCUGUCGUCCUCCACACCGCCGUGGCGUGGCACACGGUGAACGAGCUAGCGUGCGGGGAGAGCGGCAUUGUGCAUGAUGAGGCCACGGGUUCUAAGGCGGGCGAGGCGGCUGCUGAGGCGUUGGCGGAGGCGGCGGUCGACGCUGUCUACGGGGCGCUCGUAGCGGCGACGCUCGAGGAGUGGGCGGGCGCGAGCACGGACAACCCCGUCUCCGCGGAGGACGCUCGAGGCCCAGGCCUCGAGUGUCAGGAUUGCUUUGGGCGCUUUUACGACGAGUUUGGCGUGGAGCCGUGGCUGUGGCGCCGGGCGUUGCGUGAGGGCUGGUCGGAGCUGGGGGGCUGGUCGAGAGAGGAGAUGGAGGCGGCGGAGAAGGAGAUCUGGCGCGGCGAGAGUUCUGAGAUCUCUCAGCUAGGCGAGUGGGUCUGCGAUGCUUGCUUGGAGGGCUAUUUGGGGGGGGGCGUUGGCGACUACUCGGAGCUGCGCAGCGGCUACGAUGAGGAGCCUGAGCCAGGGGAGGGUUGGGAAGGGGGGGCGAGGCCGGAGGAGUAUGACGGCCUCUUCGACGGCCCAUAA